AGCAGGCGACUGUGAAAACCACUUAGCUGUAGACUCCUGAGCAGCAGUUCACCCUCCUGGGAGCAGCUCUAACUCAAGUCUUUUCCACCAUGAGCUUCAGACCUGACGCCACCUCCUCAUAUACCGCGCCCAGCCCACUUCCUGUCCUACAGGUGUUGCUACUGAUGUCACUGCUUCUGACGAUGCUGGUUCCCUCCACCACUGGAAAACUUAGCGGUAGGGAGAGAUUGCUACAUAUUGAACUUCGCUGCUUGUGUAUGAAGACCACCUCUGGCAUUCAUCCCAGUAACAUCCAAAGUUUGGAGGUCAACAGGGCAGGACCCCACUGCGCCAAAGUCGAAGUAAUAGCCACGCUGAAGAAUGGGAAGAAAACCUGCCUGGAUCCGGAAGCCCCCAGAAUCAAGAAAAUAGUCCAGAAAAUAUUGGAAGAUGGUGGGUCAGCUGCUUAAUCUUUUUCAUUUUCUGUCAAACCUUUUUAUCUCCCAAGAAGAACAGAAGUUGAAAUCUUGGCUUUCUAGAGUUCUUAUUUAUCCAGGAUACCUAGUCAUACUGUAUUAAACUUUGGAUAUGUUUUCCAUUCUGUCUCAAAAAGUCACAAUUUGCUCUGAGAUGGCUGGUUAAUAGAUGACAGGGAGAAGAUAAAAGUAAGCAUGGCUGUAAGACAGUCUCAAGGAUGUAUUGUAUAACAGGAGGAAUAUAACCAAUAUUUUGUAAUAACUGUAAAUGGAAAGUAACCUUUUAAAAUAGUGUAAACAUUUUAAAAAUUAAUAAAAAAAAAAGAAAGUAACCAAGGCUUGUUUCAAAAUACAAUAUAUGAUUUACUCCCUUACUCUUGGCUAAAUGUGGUAAUGUGUUUAGCAUUUCUUUCUUUAAAAGUUUCUUUCCAAAUACAUUUGUCUUAACUUAUUGUGCUCCACUAUACUGAUAGACUAGACAUGACCACGAGGAUUCCAUAAUGGUCAGUGAUAUCAGAAACCAUACAGAGCCCAGCAUGGAGCACUUGCUCAAUAAAUGUUUAUUAAUACAUUUAGGGACUUAAUAGAUUUUUCACUGUGUUAGUCCUAGGAUGUCUUGUUUCAAAACAUCACCUGAAAGAUUUUUCCUGUGUUUACU